UGCUGCGGAAAACGCCGGAGAAGAACGCCGAGAUCCUGAGCAGCCAGUACGGCUUGCACCUCUUCCUGGCGGGGCUGCUGCUGAUGUUCGCGUGGGCCGUGCACGCCAAGGGCUUCUCCCAGAGCGCCGUCCUCUCGUACCUCAUCACCCUCAUGCUCCUGCAGAUCCUCUGGAUGGCCUGGUACAUCUGCCGCCGCUACGCGCACAAGAGGCUCAUCCAGGACAAGGACACGCACGCCGGAGCGCGCUGGCUCAAGUGUGCAAUUACUUUGUUUGCAGCGAUUACUUUAAUUAUGGACUCUUUCAAAAUUGGAUACUUUGUUGGAUAUUCAGAUUGCUUAUCAGUCACGGAAGGUAUUUUUCCUGCCACGCAUGCAGUACAUACACUGCUGCAGGUGUACUUCUUGUGGUGCCAUGCAAAGGAUAUUAUCCAAUCCUUCAAAAUGUUGGAGAGGUUUGGAGUGAUCCAUUCUGUAUUUACAAAUUUGCUUUUGUGGACAAAUGGUGUGUUAACAGAAUCAAAGCAUCAACUUAAUGAACACAAGGAAAGGUUAAUCACUCUUGGAUUUGGAAACAUAACAAUAGAAUUGGAUGAUCAUGAGCCACCGUGUAAUUGUACCACAACAACCCUCUGCUCCAUAUUUUCCCAAGGAAUAUAUUACCUGUACCCCUUCAACAUUGAGUAUCACAUUAUGGCAUCCACAAUGCUCUAUGUGCUAUGGAAGAAUAUUGGACGCAAAGUUGAACACCUUAACCAACACAAGAUAACAUUCAAGUUUCAAGGGAAAACAUUGGGUGCCAUUUUAGGACUGAUUGUGUUCACCACAACAAUAGCAAUUGUUGUUGUCUAUUUGUUUCAGAUUGGGCGUUCAAAAAUAAAGAGUGAAAUAGCACUUAUUAUGUUUUAUUUGUAUAGUAUUGCAGUACUGACAAUAAUGUGUGCAGCUGGGAUAGUUGCUCUUCUGAUUUACCGACUUGAAGAAAAAUCAUUGGAUGUUUCCAAAAACCCAGCUAGGAAACUUGAUGCAGAUUUACUGGUUGGAGCUGCCUCAGGAUCCUGGCUCCUGUCUUGGGGUUCCAUCCUUGCAAUUAUUUGUGCUGAUUCUCACCCUGCAUAUACAUGGUAUAAUCUGCCCUUUUCCAUACUUGUUAUAUUUGAGAAAUAUAUUCAGAACCUCUUUAUAAUUGAAUCCAUACACCGUGAGCAUGAAAAGGUUAAUGAUGACAUUAAAACAAUUCGUAUACUAACUGUGUCCAAUGGAAAUACUCUUACACCUGCACCUUCUUACAAAGAAAUAUAUAAUGGAAUGUAUGACAUUCAAAAUGGAGACUCACCAUACAUGUUUAAUGGACAUAAUAGUCUGCCUGAGAGCAGUGGAAGUGAUGCUCUACAUGAAGACACAAGUCAAGGCAACACCCCAGUUACUCCCUCCACAUCUGAGUUCUCACUUUAUAGCAAAAAUUCUUCUAUCAACAACAAAAGAAACAUCCUGAAGAACAUUGCUGCAUUUUUGUUCCUAUGUAAUCUUUCGCUUUGGAUUCCACCAGCUUUUGGCUGCCGCCCUGAGUAUGACAAUGGACUGGAAGAAAUGAUUUUUGGAUUUGAACCUUGGAUCACUGUGGUUAACCUUGCAAUGCCCUUUUCCAUUUUCUAUCGGAUGCACUCAGCUGCUUCCCUUUUUGAGGUCAUUUGCAAAACAUGAAUUUCAUUAAAAAAAAAGAAAACAGUGAAGGAUGGAUGGAUGACUAAAGAACAUGAAUGCAGCAGCCAAUGUUUGGCCAAAGUAGAGCGUGCAGUUUGAAUGAAGAA